AUGGGAAAUGAUGAAUAUUAUCAAUUUUUAGGCCAGUACACCGUCAAUUUAGAUCAGGACAAUCGCCUGCUAUUACUGAAUGGCGGUAUUGUAUCUGGAAGUGCUUGCUUCUUGGAAUUCGAUGAUGACGAUGCAAGAGUAAUAUGCCGACAGCUAGGCUAUGGUCUAAAUGCAACGUACUAUCCUCUCCUUCCCUCCUCUUACCCUCAUGCCUUGUUUAACGUAAGAUGUAAUGGAAAUGAGAAUUCAUUGGAUGAAUGUCCAUACGACACAUACGACCAAUCCUUGGCAUGUUUUGGUGCAACUGAUGUUGGUAUCCAAUGCUCAGGUUCAACAGGAACUCAAGGUGGACAGGGCUCGGUGACCAUUACCUCCGGAGGACGAGUAUACGUAAGCAACAUCAAUGGAACGGGUACCAUCUGUGGUGACAUGUGGGACGACUUUGAUGCUGACGUUGUUUGCCGUCAGAUGGGAUUUCCCUCUGGAACUGCAAUCCAUUUGCCACGAGAUCAAGUGUCCAACAGACUAGUCUUCAAUGUACGUUGCUCUGGUCAUGAGACGGACCUUAUGUCUUGUCCAGCUGAUGGAUUUGACGUAGGUGGAAUGUGUGCCUAUUCUGAUGAUGCUGGUGUUAACUGUAGCAGUGGGUCAAAUGGUAAGACUACACACUUUCCAUUCCGUUAG